AUGACGUCAGCAGAAGCGUUACCAACGGAACCGACGCAGAUGUGUGAAACACAUGUAACAUUACUGGCUCUUUAAGGGCACCGGGGCUUCACUUUUCACCGUCACACUGCGAGUGGUAGUAAGUCAGACGGUCAUCUUUCUGGCUCUUCACUACUAUCACCUGUGGAUUUGACCGUUUUAGGAACAGAGUACCUCUAAUGAAGGUAACAGUGAUUAGCUGAGCUAGCAUAGCUGGUGAACUUUUAUCCGAGAGCCACUUCCUCCUUGUGUCGUUCGAGGUCGUUCUGUAGCAAUCAAAGGAUCGCCAGUUGUUUCCUGGACACUAGCCAUGAAGAGCCUUCCGUAUUUCUGCCGGGGAGAGGUCAUUAGAGGUUUCGGGAGAGGAAGCAAAGAACUCGGAAUACCCACAGCCAAUUUCCCCGACUCAGUGGUGGACCAUCUUCCAGCAGAUAUCAGCACUGGGAUCUACUACGGCUGGGCCUGUGUCAGUAAUGGGGAUGUCUACAAAAUGGUGAUGAGCAUUGGCUGGAACCCAUACUACAAAAAUACCAAGAAAUCCAUGGAGACUCAUGUAAUUCACACAUUCAAAGAGGACUUCUACGGGGAGAUUCUCAGCGUUGUCAUGGUCGGCUACAUCCGUCCAGAGAGGAGCUACGACUCACUUGAAGCCCUCAUCACGGCCAUCAACAACGACAUCGAGGAGGCCAAGGCCAAACUGGACCUUCCGGAGCAUCUCAAACUGAGAGACGAUAACUUCUUCACCAGCGCCGGCAGCUCGCCUUCAGCCCCGCCCCCCAACACCGCAUCCACAUCACAGACUAUUAUGAAUGGUCACUGACAGCUGGCUGUGACUGCGCCACUUUGUACACACACACACACACACACACACACACACACACACACACACACACACACAUCAGAACAACACAGAGGUUUCUAUGAACACACAGGUGCGUCAUUAAAAUGCACGGCCUCAUUCUGUGAUCUCUCUCCUGUUGCCAUGGCAGCAAAUGGACUUCUCAUAAACAACCAAUCUUUUUUAUUUUAUUUAUUUUUGCCGCUUAAUUUCCUGUAAGGCCGUCAUGUAAUAGAUUCUGUUUAUUUGUGUACAGUAAUACCAGAUUGCCUCUUAUACAGCACAGCUCCGUAUGAAGCUGUAGGGGUAGGACAGUAGGGGUAGGACAGUAGGGUUCAUGAUGACGACGGUGGCCACAAAAUAAAAUCAGUUUUGUCAUACUCUGUAUAAAAAGAACAACAUAAACAGGCUUUAAACUUCACUUUGUCAUCACCACAUUGCCAUGGUCGAAAAACAUCCCCUCCCCCCCUGACUUUGUCACAGUCUGUUGCAUUUUCUUUCUGGGCAUUAAUUACCUGUCACAAAAACACCAGUUGCACCGUCGAACGACUUUAUGCAACAACGUGGUUAAAUGAAAGUCAUCUGUGUGGAAACAAGGAGGUUACAUCUGGAAAUAUUAUAAAUAUAAUGUUAAAAGUAUCCUUGCUUUCUCCUUUCAGCCCUCUGCUGUUUUCUCACUGCCCUCAACAUGAAUCAACCUGCUCAUACUGCAGAUUAGAUUUAGUUAUAAAUUGUAGAGAAUAUUUAAUAACCAACAGUAUGGUCAGUUAUCUAAUGAAGGAUGUACACAAAUGUGUGUUUUUUUACAUAAUUUAAACGUGUCUGUCCUCUGGAUUUGAGUCGCACUGUAAUGUAAUUAAACUGUUCUCCCUCUUCCAGUGUGCUGGACGGAUAAAAGAAUUGUUGAAGAAAGCGAUCGAUAGUCCAGGAAAUAUAAAGACUGAAUUUGCCGAGCCUGGUCUUCUUAUGCAGGACGGUUCAUUUCUCGCAGCUUCUCUGAUACUUGGACCCUCAGUCUCUGUGCGGUUAGUUACAGAUGGUAAAUAAUUGAUAGAUGAGCUGAGAUAGAAAACGGUCCUCACACAGCUCUUGUUCUCUGCUCUGACGGUUACAAAGGGCAAAACUCCUGAGGCAUUUGAACCAACCGCAAACUAUAUCAGAUGAUCCUGCAGAAGUGUACACAGUAAAAACCUACAAUACUACAUUAUGAUUAUCUUCGUAAACAUUGCAUUUUUUUAAUUUUAAGAACCCUGUACGUUGUUUUAAGUACCUCUACUUUUGUUUUUCUAGGUCUGCGUGUGUGUGUGUGUGUGCGUGUGUGCUCGCACCUAUUUAACUUUUACAGAGCAAAUACUACAAAACUACAAACAUGUAAAGCCCUCUGAAGACUUGUACAUACUUGUUUUAAAAGAUGAUAUAUAUAAAAGUGUCGCUGAGUGAUUUUGGAUUUGAAAUCGGGAUUGUGUUUUUAGUUUUUUUUAAACGUUCAGGGGGGUGAAAGAAAUUAAAAAAAAUACUGAUGUUUGUAAAGCAACAGUCGCUGUAACCCUCUCCAAAGAAGAGCUGAAAGUGUUUGUUCUGUUGGUUCCUUUACUGACAGGAAAGUCGGGUUUGUCUAAAUGCGUGAAAAUGGUGAGCGGUGAAGCUGACCUAGAGAAUAAAGCACCAAGGCAGACAGCCCUACUUCACUAUAAUGACACAUUCACUGUUAAAGAAAGCUUUCCUUCAUGAUUAAUGCUACACCAUCCAUCAUGUCAGCUGUCUAAAGCACUUAAUGUACAUAAGAAAUCUCCCUGUAACCCUCAUGUUGCUUCUUCAAAACCUGUCUGAGAUAAUAAGAAGGAUGUUUUCAUAACUUUUGUCUUGAUGCGUUUUUGCAACAAGUGUUUUACCCGGUCGUUGUUUUAAGUACCUUCAUCCACUGUUGUUUACACAGGGACCAGAGUUACAGCAUGGUUAGUUUAAAGCUCCAUACAUCUCUAAUGUUUGUCAUUCUUCUGUUCAAUAUCAUUUUAACAAAUAAAUAGUUUUAUCAAAAUACA